CAAUCCUUCCACGAUUACCUGCUGUCGAAGACGACGAUUCCAUCCCCUCGAAGCGCCUCUGUCGAGGACAGCACGUCCCUCCCCUCGAAGCCGUCGUCUUCAGUGAGGGAGGAGCCUGGAAGAAGAAGAAGAAGAAUGGCAGAUGUUAAUGAUGCCAGAUCUUCGACGACGACGACGGCGGAUACAUUGCCGCCGUUUCUAAGGAAGCUUUACACCAUGGUGGACGAGCCGGGGCCCGACUCAGUGGUUUCCUGGAGCGACGGCAACAACGACUUUGUGGUCUGGAACCCAUAUGAGUUUGCAGCCAAGCUUCUGUCCAAGCACAAGAACUUAGCCAGCUUCAUCCGGCAGUUGAACACUUACGGUUAAAUUCACCUCUAUCGUUGCACUUAUCAAAUAUUUCCAGCAAAUGCGUGCACCAAGACGGCAACCCUUUCACACUUGAAGAUCCAGUUCAGUUGUGCUUACGGACUCAACCACUUGAAGCUUGAGCGAAGACCACAAAUUGCCGAAGACGACACCAGUUCCAAAAUGAGCACCAAAUCGACGUCUGUUUCUGGCCGAAGACCACAAAUAGCCGAAGACCACAACCCAAGAGAAGCACCAACGGAGAAGCAAGCGGAACCAGAGUCGAAGAGAAUCGAAAAUACAUUCAACUCGCCGUCAGUUUCUACCCAAAGAGUCGAAGGCCACAAAUCGCCAAAGGAAACCAUAGUCAAAGCCCACGAAUCGCAAGACAUGCUGGAGAAGGAAGCGGGAAUGGAACUCUGUUUUUCAUUUUUUUUAAUUGAAGCUUACGUGGCAGCCGACUGUGCGGCGAUUGUAUAC